UUGAAGGUGUAUGAUCAUUUUUGGCAUUUAGCGAGAGAAAGGAGGUUGCAGUCAAGGAAAAGAGAGUGCGAUCAGAGGGAUGGAGGGUUCCGACGGAAGCGAGGGUAGUAUGAAGAAGAAGAAAGAUCCCAUCGAAGACGACGAGUCGUAUGAAUCUGAAGAAGAUGAUACAGAUAAGACGAUUUGCGAUGAUGAUGCUGAAGAAGAUGCUGCCACUACUCACUCUUCAACUCCAGUGGAGGACGAAGCGUCUGGAUCUCAGUCUGCUGCAGGCCAUGAAGAUAUGAACAAGGGCGAUGAAGAUCAGACGGUUUGUGAAUCUGACGUCGAUGAUAAGUCCAAUGCUGAGGAGGAGAAUUAUGAGUAUGAGUAUGAGGAGUAUGAUUAUGAGUAUGAGUACGAUGCUAAGUAUUGGUGGAAUGUCAGACUUAAACCAAUCUAUCGAAAAGUAAGGAGGCCAGCCAACCAAGAACGUGGGAGCUGCUCAAACACUACACAGCAUGGAAACAGUUCAAACAGUCAAGAAGAAGAAGAAGAAGAUGAUGAUGAUUCAGAUGGAAACAAGUCCAACACUGAAGAAGAUGAGAGAAAGGCUGUUGAAGAAGAGAAGAUGGUUUCUGAAUCUGAUGACGAUAAGUCCAACGCUGAAGCACAAGGUCAUGAGACUUGUGAUGAUGAAGAAGAUGGUGUUAAUGAGGCUGAAGAAGAAGAUGAAAACAAGGCUGUUGAAUCGAGAACUGAUCCGCCGGUGGCCAGAACUAGAUUUGGAUUAAUUGAUUGUUUAUUUCCAUGCUUUCGCGUUAAACCAGGGAACACUGAAGCGGAUCAGUCUGAUGAUGAUACAUGAGGAGGACAAAAGGCUGAUGGAAAGUCAUAACCAAACUUUACACUAUCACUUUGCUGAAUAUUGAUUCAUCAAACUUUGGCUGUUUAACACCAUUUGAUCACUUUCUCAAGUUUUAUGAU